AUCAUAAACAAAUAGAAGAAAAAAAUCUUAAGCUAGAAAAUGAGUUAGUUAAGUUACAACAAGGAAAUUCUCAAUUUGAGAAAGAUAACCAAAAUUUGAGACUUGACUUGGCUGUACAACUUAAAAUAUCUGCAGAAAAAGAAAAUACUUUACAACCCCAAAUUACUUACCUGCAAAAUGAAAGACAAGCUUUGGCUGAGGAUUUAACUGAACAAUUGGAUCAAAAUAAACUUGCUAGCCAUCAAGUUCAAAAUCAAAUUGACCAGUUAAUGCAAGAUAAAAAUUGUUUGGAAGAAAAAUUAACUCAAACAGAAGAUAAUAUUCAAAAAUUAGAAUCUAAACUAAGUCAAUCUCAGGCUAAUUAUGAAAAGUUGUGCAAUAGGUUAGAUGGCCUAUCACAAGAUUACAAGGUUACUAUUAAAUUGAAAGCCAAGUCAGAAAAAGAAAAAGUUGAGUUGGAAAAAGAAAAAGCUGAGUUGGAAAAAGAAAAAGCUGAGUUGGAAAAAGAAAAAGCUGAGUUGGAAAAAGAAAAAGCUAAGUUGGAAAAUGAAAAGGCUAAGGUAGAAAAAGAAAAAGCUGAGUUGAAAAAAGAAAUUGCACAAUUGGAACAAAAAUUAUAUAUUGAAGAACAAAUCAAAAUGCAAUUAACCCAAGCUUUUGAGAUGAAAGAAGUUAAAAUAAGUGAAUUUGAACAAAAAUUGAUUAAUCUUAAUUAUGAGCGUAUUAAAAAGUUAAAAGACAAAGAAAAAGAAUUGACCAAAAUUAAAGAGAAGUUAGUAAGUAAAUUGACUAGUGGAGAAGAUACUAAGGAAAUUCAUAAAGAAAAAAAAGCUAAACAAAAAGUGAUAGAUGAACUUCAACAAGAAUUAUUAACAACUUCAGCUUCUUAUUAUGCUAAUAGGAAAAAACAGAUUCUCAAUCAAGUUAAUAAUUUUCUAAAGGCCAAGGGUAAUUUUCUAACUUUACGGGAAGAAGCUAUUGAAAAACUGCAAGAUUGUUUUAAUCAAUUAGAAAGUUCUAUUAAUGAAGUAAGAAAUACUAUUGGUUCUACCAGAGAUAUGAAAAUCUCUACAUUGACUGAUAAAUAUACUAAUAAAUUUCAAAGUAUUCUCAUAAAAUAUAAUGAUGAAGUAUUACAGCUAAACAAAAAUUAUUAUUCCUUAAAGUAUGUUGUUCAAAAAAAUAAAGAAUUGGAUGUUAGCCUCACAAUUGAAAAUAUUCUUAAGUUGAAUAAUUUCAAUCUUGAUAAAUACAAAAUUUUUAAAAUUGCUACUAAUUCUAAGGAAGGAACUGUAACCCAAUUAAGUUCUAAUAUGAUGGCAGAAGAUAUAAAUACAUUAAGAAGAAAUUUGGAUGAAUUGAAAUUAGAAUUAAAGCAAGAAGAAAAAGAAUUAAAAAAUUUAGCAGCAGAAUAAUUAAUAGAUUACUGUUCAGUUCUUGAUCAAUUGCAAUUAAUUCAUUGAGAUGAACAUAUAUUCUAGGAUUUAUUGAACAUUAUAGUACUCAUUUUUUUAACAAAAAGAAAGUUUGUAGUCUUAGGAAUUUGGAGAAUUUUUUUUUUUUAUUAAAUUAUAACUAUAUUUAUAUACUUUUGUUUUUUCAUCAAG